UCGACAGCGGUCUCAGGGAGAAAAUCAAGCAUCACUCAAUAUGUCUUUCCUCCCUCGUGUGAGACAGCAAGCUCCAGAUCAUGGGGCAAUCCAAGCUUCGGUUUUGGUCGUUCCCCCCGAUGGCUUGGUACACGAAACGGGGAUGAAGUAUGCGGAGUUCAAUGUUGAAGGCCUUCCCCGUACUCUUACGACAGCUACAGAAAUGAUGCUGCAACAGGGCUACUUUUUUGGGGUGGUUCAAGUGGCUCAGUGCAAUUCUAGCACACUCAUCAUUGCCGACAUAGUUGCCGUGCCGAUGAAAGAUGUUGAAGGACAAAUCCAACCAGAAACCUGGUACCUGCCAUUGAGGCAUACGUGGCGAUUUCCUAUCGUUAAUAAAUUUCGUGCUAUGUUGCUCGCUCGCUCGAACGUCGAGGUUCAGCACCAUGGCUUCAUGCAGCCUGACAAGGAUCACAGAGGUUUCAGCUACAAGCUAUUGGAGGGCCACCGUGUUUUCCUGGUGAACACUUUGGAGAUGCUUGUCCCAUUCCGUUCCAGGGAAGACACGCGGAGCGAAUUCCAGAAGAAAACAGGCGGAGCAGGGAGCCCGAGCACUUCGAGAGCGAACGUAAAAGUGGCCACCCUCGCCAUUGGAUUAAGGCUCUGUUUUAUGACCCUGCGAUGCGUUGAUUUUGAGACUUCAGCUAUUACGGACCUUCGCGAAUUUGGUGCAGCUGCGUUCGCCUACUGCAGCGUACGCGAUUUUUUGGAGUUCGGAGAUGUUAAAAGGGACAUAGCGGAGUGCAUUUCCUGGCAGUGCCGAUGUUGCUCUGAAUCCCGUAUCUUUCUUUCACAGCUCCCUCUCUUCGGUCUGGUUGCGCUCAUCGCACCUUGUCACCCCUCUGACGCCUAG